AUGUCGGGAGGGCAGCAGCAGUCCCAGACUGGGGACACAGGUCCUGACAGCACGCCCAUUGACGAGCCUCAGACUGAUUGGCAGGCACGUGCCGACGCCGCUGCGAAAAUACCCAACCCUAUCUACGCCUCUAGAGCAGUCACUGCCUUGAAGGAGGUGGGAAAGCUGCAAGCACGUGUGCAGGAGCUGGAAGGCUCAGGACCACAGACUCCCGUGUUGCAAAAGGGACCUUUGGACACGGAUGGUAUGUCGGGACCUUAUCGGGAGGUUGAUGCUAUCUUUUCAGGAGACCAAGCUCUCGGGCUUCGUGAGUCUCCUGGCCCUCCCGGAGAAAAGGGCGCCAUGGGGCCAGCUGGCCCUGUGUCUGUCGGGCCUCCGGGAGAAAAGGGAGCCAUGGGGCCAGCUGGCCCUGUGGGAAAGGACGGGCCGCCCGGACCAGUUGGGCCCCGAGGGCUGAAGGGACCCGUCGGGCCGCCCGGACCAGUUGGGCCCCGAGGGCUGAAGGGACCCGUCGGGCCGCCCGGACCAGUUGGGCCCCGAGGGCUGGAGGGACCCGUCGGGCCGCCCGGUCCAACUGGGAUGCCCCCGUGUCCAAGCCCUGUCGGGCCGGCUGAACAUGCAGGUGAGGCACGCAUUCCGGCACGUGCCGAAAAUUGGUUGUGUUAA